CUCACAAUCACUCAACCACUGCCUCCAGCUCCAGCAGCAGCUAGCUCAGCUCGAUCGUCCUCCCGACCCGAUCCAUCCACCCCACUCCCCGUGCUCCACCAUCUCGGCAUCUCGCUCGCUCACUUAGCUCGAGCUGCGGCAAACAGCCGGCCGGCAGUCCGGCACACGGGAGAUGAUGACCGGGAGGCUGAACGUGGCCACGUCGUCCUCGCCAGGAGGAGACGACUUCCUGUUCAUGCCCAUGCAGCAGCAUCAGCCGCCGCCGCCUCCUCCUCCGCCCUACGUCGGGUUCGAGCACGGCCACGGCGUGGCGGGAGGCGGCAGCCAGCGCGUUGCCGGAGGGGUGCAGCACCACCUCUACGACGGCCUCGACUUCGCCGCCUCGGCGCUGCAGUUCCAGCAGGCGGAGGCGCCGCACCUGCACCAGCAGCAGCUGCUCACGCUGCCGUCCAGUCUCGGCCCCAUGGCGCCGCCUCCGCCGCCGCCGCCGCUGCCCAUGCCUAUGCCCGUGCCCGGGAUGCCCGGCGACCACGUGUACCCGGCGCUCGGGAUGGUGAAGCGCGAGGGCGGCGGCGCGGACGGGAGGAUCGGGCUCAACCUCGGCCGCCGCACCUACUUCUCCCCAGGGGACAUGAUGGCCGUGGACCGCCUCCUGAUGCGGUCCCGCCUCGGCGGCGGCGGCGGCGCCUUCGGGCUCGGCUUCGGCUUCGGCUUCGGCGGCGCGCACCACCUGCAGGCUCCCCCGCGCUGCCAGGCCGAGGGCUGCAAGGCCGACCUCUCCGGCGCCAAGCACUACCACCGCCGCCACAAGGUCUGCGAGUACCACGCCAAGGCCUCCGUCGUCGCCACCGGCGGCAAGCAGCAGCGCUUCUGCCAGCAAUGCAGCAGGUUUCACGUGCUGUCGGAGUUCGACGAGGUCAAGAGGAGCUGCCGGAAACGGCUGGCCGAGCACAACCGCCGCCGCCGGAAGCCGCCCACCACCGCCUCAUCCAAGGACGCCGCGUCGCCGCCGGCUAACAAGAAGCCCAACUGCGGCUCCAUCACAAGCUCUUACUCCACUGACAACAAGAACCUGAACACGGCCAAGUCGACCAUGUCAUCGAACACGGGCAGCGUGAUCAGCUGCCUGGACCAGGCCGCGGGCAACAAGCAGCUGCAGGCGAGGCCGACGCUGACCCUCGGCGCGUCGCCGGACAGGGACCAGCACCACCACCAGCUGAGAGCCAUGCUCCAGGCCCAAGCAGCGGCCGGCGGCGGCCACCACCACCACCAGGAGCAGCACUUCAUAACCUCUCUGCAGGUUCACAACAACGACGGCUGCGGCGGCGGCAACAGCAGCAGCAGCAACAACAACAUCAUCCUGUCGUGCUCCUCGGUGUGCUCCAGCGCGCUGCCGUCGGCCAACGGCGAGGUCUCGGACCAGAACAACGGCAACGCUGGUGGUAUGCAUAACCUGUUCGAGGUGGACUUCAUGUAGACCGUCCAGAUCGGUGCAAAGCAAAAGGCAAGCACGGGAGUACGUCCUUCUGGCAAGGUGUCCUUGGUGUGUAUCAGUGUAGGUAAAAAGGAAUAGGAGAGAGAGAGAGAGAGAGCAAAACAGCUAGGCAUGGAGUGGGAGGAGAAACAAGGCGAGAAAAGACACAGAUAGAGAGAGAGAAGGGCGCAAGGAUUCUAUCCAUCCAUCUAUCUAUCCAUCAGUCCAUCACACUCCAUGCAUCAGUAGCUAGCUAGGUAGCAGCAAGCUGCAGAGCCUGCAGCAGGCUGCUGCUGGUCUACAACCUCUUGUUGCAAGGUUCAAUGGCCAUAGCAAAGCCAUGCGUCCGUCCCGUUGCAUUGGCUCUCUCUCUCUGUCUCUAUACCUGUACGUACUAUGCUGCAGCUGCUGCCAUUGCAAGCCUUUCUACCUUUCCAUUUCAAGCGGGG